ACAGAAAGCUGAAAGUCCAUUAUAGAAAUGAAAAGCAGCUGGACUGGAGAUUGUACAUUCUGACAAUUCUGCUAAAGGAAACAGAAGUGACUAAGAAGUACCAUACAAUAAUAUCUCUUUUGCUGAUAUAUCUCUUUUGUUGUAGGUGGACUUCAAAUCAGAGAUGGAAAGCUUGGAAAUCAAACCUAUUAACUGCUCCAAACUGGUGGAUGUUGAAGGAAUCCAAAUGCCCAUCGAAAUAGUAGAACAUUGGGACCUAAUAAGUGCUUUUCAAGCUCGGCCUGAUGAUCUUCUUAUUUGCACUUAUCCCAAAGCAGGGACCACAUGGAUACAGGAAAUUGUGGAUAUGGUCCAGCAUAGAGGAGAUGUACAGAAAUGUGCCCGGGCACCCAUUUAUGAGCGAAGCCCCUACCUAGAACUUUUCCCUCCAGAGCCCCUCCCUUCAGGCUUUGAAUUGGCAUUGGCAAUGCCUUCCCCGCGAACCCUCAAAUCUCAUCUUCCAACUCCGCUCCUGCCAACUUCCUUCUGGGAGCAAAAUUGCAAGAUCAUUUAUGUGGCCAGAAAUGUCAAGGACUGUGCUGUGUCCUAUUUCUACUUCCAACGCAUGCUUAAACUGUUUCAAGAUCCAGGAACGUGGAAAGACUUUCUGGAGAAUUUCAUUGCUGGGGAAAUUGCUUAUGGCUCAUGGUUUGACCAUGUUCUUGGUUGGUGGAAGGCUAAAGACCAUCAUUCAAUUUUGUACCUCUUUUAUGAAGACUUAAAAGAGAACCCAGCUCAGGAAAUCCAGAAAGUAGCUCAGUUCCUAAAUAUAGAGCUUUCAGCAUCAGUCCUGGAUCAGAUUGUGCAGCACACCACUUUUGAGUCUAUGAAAAACAACCCAAUGACUAAUUACAGCAACAUUCCUUCAGCUUUCAUGGACCAAAAUGUAUCACCUUUUAUGAGAAAAGGCACUGUAGGGAAUUGGAAGGAACACUUCACAGUGGCUCAAAGUCAACAGAUCGAUGAAAUCUACGCUCAAAAACUAGGCAACACUGGUUUGAAGUUCCGCACAGAGUUAUAAACAGACUUCACAGUGCCUUCAAUAAAUAAUUUUUAAUCAGCUGAUUUCUACCUGAGUUAAAGAAAUAACUACAAAUUUGCAAGCAAUGGUAGAAGGUUCUUUUAUGAUGGGUGGGAUUGCAAUUUUAUUAGCCUUUCCCUUAGAAAGGAAUUGCCCUGAGAUGAAUGGAAAACACUAACCUCAUAAUCAUUCUCUCUGAUGAUGAGAUAAAGAAUGAGUACAUUUUAUUUGAUUAACCUUGUCCUUUUCCCAAAGAUCUCAGAGAAGCACACAUAAUUUACAUUUUACCCUUACAUGAAUUUAGCUUGUGCAUUAUGCAAGAAAAAGAAGAGUAAGAAAAUAAAGAUCUAAAUUAUAACCAAACAUAGCAUAUCCUUCUCUCCAUGUCCUAAUCGGAUUUCUGUUGGGAGAAAAACUUGUGGCAAAUGGCUAUUUUCUACAAAUCUUAUUAAAUUAAUCUCCACCUAUUCCUCUGUUGGCCCUGCUGACUAAACAAAUAUUUAACAAUCACUCAUUCAGCUACCUUUUGAGGUUACAACAGUGCUGAAAAUGUGGUACUUUUGACCUUCCUUAAAGUUCAGCUGUUCGAGCAGCCACUUGGUCUCAUAAUGACCAUCUGGACAUUUGGCACCUGACUUACACCAACAAAGGUUGCAGAGUCCCAUGGUUAUCCAAUUGCCAUUUGACACCUCUCUGCUGGCUUUUUGUUAUAUAUUUGCAUGCUUGGAAUACUGCAUUGUG